AUGUCGUUUGUUUCUCAAUUUGCGCAACUAACAGAUUUUCUCUACCUCAGCAGUGCAUUCGCCAUUACGCGCGAACGUCUACUGGAUUUUAGGAUAACCCAUAUCAUUAAUUGCACGUUAGAGGCACCAAGUCCUAAUGAACUUGAAAUAAAAACAACAUUCCUUCAAAUCGGCGACAAUCCACAGUCCCGUUUAGAUGAAUAUUUUGACAAAGUAGCAGACGAAAUCAAUGACGUUGUUAUGCAGGGUGGAAAUGUUCUUGUGCACUGUCUUGGUGGAGUUAGUCGAUCAUCGACGAUAUGUAUAGCCUACCUAAUGAAACACAAGAAAAUGAAACUGAAAGAAGCGCAUGAUUUUGUGAAAAGUAAAAGAAGAAUCAUUCGUCCAAAUAUAGGAUUCUGGGAACAACUAGUUAACUAUGAAAGGAAGUUAUUCGGUUCCAAUACAGUAAACCUAAUUGAAACUAGCACUGGAUUAAUACCAGAUAUUUAUAUUGACCAAACAAAAAACAUGCUCUAG